UCCCGGUCCCAGCUCCUCCGCAGGCCCCGGGCGAGGAGGAGGCACCGCCGAGAUGGAGCCGGAGCUGGAGGAGCGGGUGCGAGAGGCGUUGCGGGACAAGCUGCGGCUGCUGUGAGUGACACCCCUGUGCCCUCCCGUGACAGGUGACCCAAGGGCUGGCACCAGGCCAGCGUGUCCUGUGUGCCCCGUGAUCUCGGUUUGCGUUCCCAUCUCCGGGUGCCACUGCCAGGAUGGCUGUCAGGGAGGAGAGGACACUGCAGCCAUGGGCUGGGGGCAGGCAGGGGGAUUCACGGAUUCUAACAAGAAAGCUGAGGUUGUGGUGUGACCUAUCCUUCCCUGGGGAACAAAUAGAACAAAGAUGGAACCAGCUCCAUCUCGCUGGUGCUGGGGGGCUCCAAGCAGGGGAGGCUGAAGUGGGGGGUGGGCAAGAGCAUGAAUGCAGGCAGGGCUCAGCCUGAGUGGUCCUGACCCCCGGGGGAGCGGGCCAGGCACAGCGGCGGCCCCUGGCAGCCCUGCCCGGGGCACGGUGGCAGAUGCCCUGCCCAGGCUCUCCCCCCGCAGCCCGGCCGAGCUGCGAUCAGCCCGUGGCAGGACGGGGACAGCGCGGGGCCCCGCCACGCUCCCUCCAUCCACCCGUGUGCUGCUGAAGAGGCGGGAGGUGGCGGAGGCGGAGCGGGAGCUGCAGAACCAGCGGCAGGAGUUCCAGCAGCGGAUGCAGCGCCUGGCGCAGCGCCGGCAGCAGCUGGCCCGGAGGCGAGAGCAGCACCGCGACGCCGUGCUCAGAUUCGAGUCCUUCCUCAAGGCGGUGGCGGCCCGGCGGGAGCGGGAGCUGCGGCGGGCAGACGAGGAGCGGGCGCGGGAGGCGGCGGAGCGAGCGGAGAGCGCCCGGCUGCGGCGGGAGCUGGAGCGGCUGCGGCGGCACCGGGAGAGCCUGGCCCGGCGCCUGCGGAGCCUCCGGCCCUUCGGGGACUACCUGCGGGACGUGCUGCCCACCAUGGGACAGUUCCAGGACGUGCCGGCCAUGCUGGUGCAUUUGGGGGUGCUGGCGGAGGUGCGGGCAGCCCUGGCACGGGAGGCAGAAGCCGGGCAGGAGCAGCUGGCCCAGGGCAGGGCACAGCUCCAGCGGUACCGUCAGGAGAGCAGCACCCAGCUCGUGGGCACCAGGAACGAGCUGGCACGGCUCCACACGCGCCUGGAGGCUGCCCGGCGGGAUGUGCGCCAGUGGGAGUCCUGCUGGACCCACAUCCAGAGCACAGCCACCCAGAAGACCCUGCUGCUGGGGCAGAUCAAGCUGGCUGUGCUGAACCUCUUUCAGCAAACCACAGCACAGCUCAGGAUCCCCACGGACAGAGCUCAGGAGGACACAAAGGCCCAGCUGGACACGCUCUCAUCUCCACAGGUGCUGCUCUGUAUGAAGGCUCUGUCUGACAUCUGUGCCACUGACAGACACCCACAGCACCACAGGAGUGUCAGGCUGCUUCAGGGCCACAAAUAGCCCCUGGGGACUAUCUGCCUGCUCCUGGGGCUGGAGAGAGGCUGCCAGGGCCAGCAUGGAGCCACAGGACCCCUCUGUAUGGAGGCAAUUCCUGCAAGUCUGGAAACCCCAUGUCAAGAGGCAACAUGGACAGCAGUGGCACAGUCACACUGGGGUGGCAGCACACCCAGGAAGGGCCAGGGCACUCCUGAGGUUCCCUCCUGCACAGAGCGCCCCAGGCAGGACAACGAGGAGGAGGGAGCUGCUGAAGGUGCUUCACAUCAAAAUACACCCAGCUGUGCAGCCACA